CGGGACGCGACCUCCGCCGUUCGUGUGAGGGGGAGAGGCGAGAUGCUGCUCGACCCGCUGAGUUCCUGCGGCAGAUUGUGUGUUGCUCCAGAUUCCAGCAUCAACCGUCUCUUGUAUCUCCAGCGAAGCAGUCAGUUGGCCCUGACGCCCCAUCACCUAAAUCACCAUCACACUGUUGUCUGGGAUCUUGGCAAUCUGGCCCACUUCAUAGCAGUAACUACCUGCAAUUAUUCAUGGAGUACGGGGGAAGGUAAUGAUGCAAAUCUGUUUGUUCCAAGUCCCUCCACCCCAGAGUCUAUGAUCUCAAUGAGGCCAGGGAUUGGAUGAAAACAUUUGACUUGGAUGAAAACGCGGAUGGGUGGGUUGGUAAAUUCGCAGAUGAUGUAAGGAUUGGUGGUGAUGUGGACUGUGUAGGAGGUUGCCAAAGGAUAUAACGGGAUAUAGAUCAGCUGCAGAUAUGUGCAGAGAAAUGCAGAUGGGGUUUAAUCCAGGCAAGUGUGGGGUGUUGCAUUUUGGGAGGUUAAAUGUAAAGAGACAGUACACAACUAAUGGCAGGACCUUCAACAUUGUUGAGGUACAGAGGGAUCUUGGGGUCCAAGUCCAUGGCUCCGACUGAAAGUGGCCGCACAGGUUGAUCGGGUGGUAAAGAAGACAUAGGGCAUGCUUGCCUUUAUGAGUCGAGACAUUGAAUUCAAGAAUCAAUGAGGUUAUGUUACAGUUUUAUAAAACUCUGGUUAGGCCACAUCUGGAGCAUUGCAUUCAGUUCUGGUCGUCCCAUUACAGGAAGGAUGUGGAGGCUUUGGAGAGGGUGCAGAAGAUGUUCACCAGGAUGCUGCCUGGAUUAGAGGGCAUGUGCUAUGAGGAGAGGUUGGACAAAGUUGGGUUGUUUUCUCUGGAGCGUCAGAGGCUGAGGGGAGACCUGAUAGAGGUUAAAAAGAUUAUGAGAGGCAUGGAUAGAGUAGACAGCCAGUAUCUUUUUCCCAGGGUCAAAAUGUCUACUACUAGAGAGCAUGCAUUUAAAGUGAGAGGGGGUAAAUUCAAAGAGAUGUGCGGGACAAGUUUUUUACACAGAGAGCAGUGGGUGCCUGGAAUGCACUGCCAGGGGUGGUGGUGAAGGCAGAUACGAUGGAGGUGUUUAAGAGGCUCUUAGACAGGCGCAUGAAUGUGCAGGAAAUGGAAGGAUAGGGACAUUGUGUAGGCAGAAGGGAUUAGUUUAAUCUGGCAUUUAAUUACUAGAUUAACUAGUUUGCCACAACAGUUUGGAUUGAAGGGCCUGUUCCUUUGUUGUGUUGCUCUAUGUAUUCACAAAGAAACGAGCUGAAUAUUACACAGUGAUUCACAGGGGAUUAGAAUGCUUUUUGUUGAUGUGCCAAUAUUCAAAUAAUCGUCCCACUUUAGUUGCAGGCUGCAAUUGUCAAAGCUUUUCCAAGGUGCAGGGCUCAAAAUUGCUUGUUGGUGCAAAUAAUGGAGGAAGUUAAAUGAAGCAUAAAUGGGUACAUGAUGGUCAACAUGGAUGUGGAGAGGGCCUGUUUCCAUGCUGUGUGAUUCUGUGAAGAUCGGGAUGGUUGGGAGAGUUGUUAGUAAAGGAUCUGGGAAAUUGGAGUUCACAGAUAAAGGCACAGAAUACGAAAGCUCAAGGAUAAUGUUGAGGUUGGACUCUUCCAUCCGAUCUGGUUACCUCACUUUACACUGGAUGUGAAGGUCCUAGAGAGGGUGCAGAGAGGAAUUAUUGGAAAGGGUCCAGGGGCCAGGAGUUUCAGCCAUAAACACUCGGGGUAUCACGUGCAGUUCUGGUCGCACCCCCCCCCCCCACCAUUACAGGAAGGGUGUGGAGGCUCCCGAGAGGGUGCAGAAGAGGUUCAUCAGGAUGCUGCCUGGAUUAGAGGACAGGUGCUAUGAGGAGAGGUUGAACAAAACAUGUACAAGACCCAGAUUGAUGAAUUAUUAAAGCAGAGACUGACUUGAUUAGCUUUAUCUUUUAGGAGACUUUUUUCUAAAUUUCCCUUAAUAAUGGUAGGGCUCUUGGCAGUGUGGAGGAUCAGAGGGAUCUUGGGGUCUGAGUCCAUAGUGUUACGGACUCAGUGAAAGUCCCUUUAAGAUAGAGAGUGUGUGUGUGUAUGUGUGUGUGGGGCGUGCUUACGUCAAUAGAAGAUAAAGGACGUAAUGACGUUGUUGAAGAAGUUAGAAGAAGAAGAAAGGAGACAGAGAGAGAGAAGGGAGAGAGACACCAGCCUGCUUGUUUUCUCUAUCGAUGGAUAAGAAACAAUAACUGUGUUUGCUACUGAAAUCCAUGUAUGGAAGUUGGAAGUAAUCCGGUGGAGUUCACUUUGUUGCUGACCUGUAGAAGGAAACAGGUAUUUGUGUGUGGACGACCACGAUUCGGAUGCUUUUCGGGGUGAGGAAGUCACUACCGAGUAAACGCUGGAGUGUCGUUUGGGUUCCAUCAUGGAACAUUUGGAUUCAUAUUUACUCUUGUUACGGACUCAGUGAAAGUCCCUUUAAGAUAGAGAGUGUGUGUGUAUGUGUGUGUGGGGCGUGCUUACGUCAAUAGAAGAUAAAGGACGUAAUGACGUUGUUGAAGAAGGCAGAAGAAGAAGGAGAGAGAGAGAGAAGGGAGAGAGACACCAGCCUGCUUGUUUUCUCUAUCGAUGGAUGAGAAACAAUAACUGUGUUUGCUACUGAAAUCCAUGUAUGGAAGUUGGAAGUAAUCUGGUGGAGUUCACUUUGUUGCUGACCUGUAGAAGGAAACAGGUAUUUGUGUGUGGACGACCACGGUUCGGAUGCUUUUCGGGGUGAGGAAGUCACUACCGAGUAAACACUGAAGUGUCGUUUGGGUUCCAUCGUGGAACAUUUGGAUUUCGUAUGUACUCUCUCUAUGUUUUUCUACAUCUACAUCUUAUCUUCAGACAACGGUGGUUGCUGAAGAAGCCCUUGCUCAUGUUUCACCUUAUGGCUUGCGGAACUGAACUUUAAGAACCAUUCCGGAACUGGAGUUUUGGACUUUGUCACACACACACACGAAGAGUUUAGUUUUGGGGUUAACGUUCGAGGUUUAACAUUCUUGAAUUCUAACAUACUAACAUUUUUACUUUUAUUUUACGUAUUUCAUAAGUAGUGAUUAAUAAAAUAGUUUUUAACACUAAAUCAUGCUCAGUGUGUUUCUUUUGUUGCUGGUUCGUGACAAAAUUGGGGGCUCAUCCGGGAUAGUUCCCAAGGUUAACGAGAUUCGUCCGGGAUCCAAUCCAAAGAUUAACGAGUGUCGUCUGGGAUCGUUCCCCAGAUUGACAAGAUUUGUUCAGGGUUCAAUCCAAAGAUUUUCGAGGGAGGUCUGAUAAAUUCUUUUUAAUUGGCUUGUGUGUGUGGAAACCAGCAGCAAUGGAUAUUAAGGCAUUUUUGGAGUCACCAACCCAAAAGGGAUUGGAGGUGGCGAAAAAGGAUGAUUUAAUAAAGAUUGCUACAAGGUUAAACCUUACAGAAGUAAAGCAGUCUAUGAGAAAGGCAGAUAUUCAGAGACUGAUAGCUGGCCAUUAUGUGGAAAAGAAGGUGUUUGAGAAGGAAGUGUUAAAACAGUUUCCUGGCAGUGAAAUAGCAAUUUCUGAGGCACAGGUGCAGCUGGCAAAGAUAGAGGCUGAACGAGAACAAACCCAGUUAAAGAUAGAGGCUGAACGAGAACAAAAGAAAUUAGAGGCCGAACAAGAGGAAAAGAGAUUAGAGGCUGAACAAAAGAAAUUAGAGACUGAACAAAAGAUAACUCAGAUGAAGUUAGAGGCUGAACGGGAACGGGAACUAAUUCGGUUAAAGUUUGAGGCAGAGGAGAAGGAAAAACAGAGGCAGCAUGAGUUACAAAUGAAGCGUAGGAGUUUGGAAUCUGAUUCUGAAGAUGGUUUUUCAGCCAGCAGGGAGGUUCGAUUAGUCCCUCCUUUUGAAGAAGAUCAGGUUGAUCAGUAUUUCCAACAUUUUGAAAAGGUUGCUGUGAGUUCAAACUGGCCAAGGAAAGGAUGGGCUCUUAUGGUACAGAGUGUGAUUAAAGGUAAAGCUCAAAAAGCUUAUUCUGCUUUGUCUGCUGAGGAUGCAGCUGAUUAUACCAAGGUAAAACAAGCUAUUAUUGAAGGCCUAUGAAUUGGUCCCUGAGGCUUAUAGACAAAAAUUCAGAGACUUGAGGAAAUCUGCAGAUCAGACUUAUAUGGAAUUUGCCAAUGGAAAGAGAAUAUGUUUUGAACGAUGGUGCCUGGCUAAAAAUGUAGAUGGGGAUUAUGAUAAAUUGACAGAAUUGAUACUGGUGGAAGACUUUAAAAGAUGUGUUCCAGCUGAAUUAACAACAUAUUUAAAUGAAAAGGCAGUGGAAACUUUACAAGAAACUGCUAGGUUGGCAGAUGAUUAUGCUUUAACCCAUAAAUCCAAAUGGGGACAACCUAAAACCUUUCAAAAGAGUUACAAAGACAAUCCAGGUAAACCGGAGAUUAAAUUGGGAGGUAAUCAAAAAGGAAAAGAUGAAAAGAAGCCAGGGCUGGAGAAAUCUGUUGAGCGUACUUGUUAUUACUGUAGGAAACCUGGCCACGUGAUAUCUAAUUGUGCCCUUUUGAAGAAAAAGAAGGAAGCUGGGCCCAAUGCUUGCUUUCAGGCAAUUAAAAAUCAAAAAGGUUUAGGAGAUGCUGUUAAAGACCAGUCCUUGCAAGAGGGAAAAGCGGAAAAGUUGGAGGAGGUGAGAAAAGAAUUCCGUUCGUAUGUAUCAGAGGGUUUUGUUUCACUGAAUGAUGGGUCACCCCAGGUGCCAGUGAAAAUUCUUAGAGAUACUGGGGCUAGUCAAUCUCUCUUGCUGGACAGUGUUUUAAAUUUUGGUGAAGAAAGUGACACUGGUGAAGUAAAUCUAAUACGAGGCGUUACAGGUGAGACCAUGUCUGUCCCUUUUCACAGGGUGAUUUUAAAGUCAAAGUUCAUAGAAGGACCAGUCGAGAUAGGGAUAAGACCUAGUUUGCCAGUGGAAGGAGUUUCUUUGUUAUUGGGAAAUGACCUUGCAGAUGGAGAAAGUGAUCCUGUGGUACGGUUAACAACCAAACCAAGGAUUGAUGAGUCUGAGAAUGAUCCAGAUGUUUACCCAUCAUGUGCGGUGACUCGAGCUAGAGCUAAAGAAUUAGCCAAGACAGACAGUCCGGUGCAGUCUGAUGUAGUUCCUUGUGACAGUCCUAAACAGGAAGAAAAUUAUGAUGCCUUAUCUGAGACUUUUCUGUCUUCACUGGAGGAUCAACAUCCUUGUAGGGAGCCUGAAUUUAAAGAUUUGUCUUUGUCGAGGAAGGAUUUUAUGGUGGAACAGACAAAGGACCCUGAGUUGACAGAAUUGAAAGAAAAAGCUCUCUCAUGUGAGGAGAUUGAAAAAGUGCCAACUGGAUACUAUGUCAAAAAUGGAGUGUUAAUGAGGAAAUGGAGACCUCCUCAUGUUCCUGUUACUGAGGAAUGGGAAGUUAUUCAUCAGGUUGUUGUUCCAAAAGUUUAUAGGGAUGAGAUUUUAAACCUGGCCCACAGUAUGCCUUUGGGUGGUCAUUUUGGGGUGAAUAAAACUGUAGGGAAGAUCUUGAAACAAUUCUAUUGGCCUGGUUUGAGAAAAGAUGUGGUGAUGUUUGUCGAACCUGCCACACAUGUCAGAUGGUAGGUAAACCAAAUCAAAAACCCCCUGUGGCUCCAUUGAAACCAAUUCCUGCUUUUGGUGAACCCUUUUCGAAGGUGAUUGUGGACUGUGUUGGCCCAUUACCAAAGUCUAAGACUGGAAAUCAGUAUUUGUUAACCAUCAUGUGUGCCACUUCUGGAUUUCCAGAGGCAAUACCCCUUAGAAAUAUUAAGGCCAAGACGGUGUCAAAGGCUCUUGUAAAAUUUUUUACCUUGUUUGGUUUGCCAAAAGAAAUCCAAUCUGAUCAAGGUAGUAAUUUUAUGUCAAAAAUUUUUCAACAAAUAGUCUAUGAGCUGGGAGCAAAGCAGAUUGUAUCAUCUGCAUAUCACCCAGAAUCUCAAGGAGCUCUGGAGAGAUUUCAUUCUACUCUCAAAAAUAUGCUGAAGACUUAUUGCUUUGAAAACACCAAGGAUUGGGACGAAGGUAUCCAUUUACUUUUGUUUGCCGUUAGAGAAUCGAUCCAGGAGUCAAUAGGAUUUAGUCCGUUUGAGCUUGUAUUUGGACAUAGGGUGAGAGGACCUUUGGAGUUGUUGAGAGAGCAAUGGGUUAAUGAGGAAGUUCACUUGAGUCUGUUGGACUAUGUCCAAAAAUUUAAAACUCGGUUGGAGAGAGUCUGCCAGCUAGCGAGAGAGAAUUUGAAAACAAGCCAGGUAAGAAUGAAGACAUAUUUUGAUAGACGUGCUCGGCCUAGGACAUUCGCAGUGGGGCAAAAGGGGUUGGUAUUUUUCCCUAGCCAAAAUAAUCCCUUGCAAUCUCGUUUUUCUGGACCCUAUGUUAUUGAAUCUCGAGUGACUGAUCUAACAUAUAUAAUCAAAACACCAGAUAGACGCAAGAAAACACAACUCUGUCAUGUAAACAUGCUAAAACCUUAUUAUGAGAGGGAUUCAGUUGUGGCCUUGGUGGAUGAUGUAAAGGUUGUUUCUAGAAUGCCUGAUGUUGAUGUUGAGGAAGGCCAAUUUAGACCAAAUAUUGUUCCAUCGAAACUAAAAAACCAAAAUAUCCUGGAGAACCUUGAAACGAAGUUGGACCAUUUACAAGUUUCACAAAAACAACAGAUGAGAGAAUUAAUUUUAAAAUUUAAAAAUCUGUUCCCAGAUGUU